AUGGACUGCUCAGAUCCCCUUAAAGUUGCUGCCCUGGGUCGAGCUUUCACCCUUGGAACUCUCUACGAUGCUCUGGAAGAUCAACUGAUCACAGGCUUAACUCUCCAAGGGCAGACAACUAUUACCCCGAAGCGGUUCAGCACAUUCGAAGUAACUACUUCUGACUGCAUUGAAUCCAAAUCCUCUCUGAUGGACAUUGAAGCCUCUCUGAAGGCCAGUUUCCUGUGUGGACUGGUUGAAGUUGGAGGAUCUGCCAAGUAUCUGAAGGAUACGAAGAAAUUCAAGAAUCAGAGCAGAGUGACGUGUUGGUACAAAUCUACCACAAACUUGAAACAGUUGUCAUUGACUCAACUUGAAGCCAUGAUCACCGAAAAGAAAGACUUCAUCAAGAACACCACAGCAACACAUGUAGUCACAGGAAUCCUUUAUGGGGCAAAUGCUUUCUUUGUGUUUGACAGUGAGAAGUUAGAAGCCAGCAGCGUUCAGGACGUCCAGGGAAACAUGAAGGCUGUGAUCGGGAAGAUCCCCUUAUUUAAUUCUGGGGGUAAAGUUGACAUCAAGUUGACUGACGAAGAAAAAGAACUGACUAACAGAUUCUCCUUCAAAUUCUACGGAGACUUCAUUCUUGAAAGUUACCCUGUAACAUUUGAAGAUGCAGUGAUGACCUAUGCAGAACUUCCAAAUCUGCUGGGAGAAGAUGGAGAGAAGAGUGUGCCAGUGAUGGUCUGGCUGAUGCCUCUGAAGAGUUAUGACACCACUGCAUCUGAGCUGAAGAGAGAGAUCAGCGCCGGAUUAGUGUGGAAGGCGCAGGAUGCUCUCGAAGAUUUACGGGCAAUGGAAAUGAGAUGCGAAGAGUCCCUGGAGGACCCGGUGGUAGAGAAGUUUCCACAGAUCCGAGAGGAGUUAAACGAUUUUAAAACACGGUGCGAUCUGUAUGCAUCCAAGCUCCGGAAGAACAUGAGGGAUAAAUUUCCCCUCAUCCGUGACGGUAAAGAAGACGAGAGCUCGGUAGAAAAGCUCCUUGAUGACAGAAACAAGUCACCAUUCAGUCAUGAAAAACUAGACAAAUGGCUGGAUCAUAAAGAGAGGGAAAUCAACGUCAUCAGGUCCUGUGUGGAAAUGAUGGAGGGAACAAAGAUCGUCCCAAAUGAGUCAGAGCUGGACAGGGAGGUGCUUGCUGCGGGCGUCGAAGAUGUCCUGUGCUUCGUCUUCACCUCCCUGGAGAGCGCUGACCCCUGCCUGAAUGCGAUGGACCACUACGUGCAUUCGUUUGAAAAAGAGAGUAUCCACGAAGACCCGUGGUACUACUCAGGUGAUGUUCUUGACAAGAUGAGACAAAAAGCCAAAAGUGUCCACCAUCUUGCCAGAGCACUGAAGAACAGCCGCCAAUUCCGUUUCCUUGUCGCCGCCAUUGAUAAUAAGAACUUCACAGGAGCAACCAUCUACCACUACAAGGACGCCAAACUGGUCACUGAGGAUUUUUCGAAGCCGGCCCUCCCUCCUAUCAAGGCUAUCACAAACAAAAGAGAUUUGAUCUGGUACGCCUGUGAUCUCACCCUGGACCCAAACACAGCAAACGGCUACCUCCAUCUAUCUGAGGAAAACAAGAAGGCGACAUGUAACAGCUGGCUGUACUAUCCCGAUCACCCAGAGAGGUUUGAUGUUCACACUCAGGUGUUGUGCAAACAGGGGUUGACUGGGCGCCAUUACUGGGAGGUAGAGAUGAGUAACGGCUCAAAUGAUUAUGUUUGUGUACUUCUUACAUACAAGGAUGUUGCACGAAAAGGGAGCGGUGAGGACACUGAGCUUGGAUGUAACUCAGUAUCGUGGCGUUUCGGCAAAAGCAAAGGCCAACUUAAGGCUUGGCAUAAUGGUGAGGUGUGGGCUGCUCCUAUUCCCCGCAGAGGUGUCAGCAAACUUGGGGUGUUUCUCGACCAUAAAGGUGGCACUCUGUCCUUCUACAGGGUCUUCUCGAACACCCUGGAACAUCUUUACACCUUUGACUCCUGCUUCACUGAGCCGCUGUACCCAGGCCUGUGGGCUUACGAAUAUUACAAUUACGCACACAUUUGUCCGAUUGAAUACGAGCAAUCACAGAUGUGUUAG